UAGUAUUGGGGCUCCAUUCGUGAUGGUUUUUUUAUAGUCGUGGUGAUUAACUCAGAGUCAACCUGCUCAGAGCUGAUUGGACUGACUCGGAUCAGCUGCUCUGAAACUGGAAACUCAGAGUGAAUCAACUCAGAGUUCACAGUUUAACUCAGAGGACUUCAGGUGGACUUUGUGUCUGCUGAUAAUCAGCUAGUGUCAGUGUGCUAACAUGCUGAAGUAACAUGGAGAACCUGCAUGGUCAUCAUGAGCAUGCUAGUUUCAUCAACGGACACACCUGUGAUGUGAGUGGAAAUGUGUCUUCAUUUACUGCUGUCAGCACAUUUACAUUUUCACCUGGUCCUCAGGUGAGACGGCCUCAGUGCUGGAAUUAAAAUAACAACACAUCUCACUGAAUGCUGGCUCCCAUCAUCUCUGCGUCAGAGAUGAUCUCAUCCAAUCAGAGGGCUUCACGGCUCACUGCCUGCCUCCCGAGUGGUGGUCGAGGACUCCUGGUUCCACCGAGGCGGACAGACGAGGAGGGUUGAAGGAGUUCGAUUCUGCAGGUCCUCUUCAUGGUGACUCAGCAGGUCUGCAGGUUUAUAAAGAGGCAGCGAGGCAGGUUCACUGUCACCACGGACACGAUGGCCUGGCUGCUCCGCAUCACCUGUAUUCUGGCCUGCUGCGUGGAGCUGCUGCAGGGCAAAGCUUCAGAGUACCAGCUGGAGUCGGACAGCCUGAGCCAAUGUGAGGUACUCAGGGGCGUGGUUGUUGCCAGGCAACAAGGUGACAUCCCUCACUGUAUGGAGGACGGCAGGUUCAGGCCCGUGCAGUGCAGUGGGCGGGGUCAGGAAUGUUGGUGCGUUGAUGCUGACGGUCAGGAAAUCGUCGGGACUCGAACCAACAGCUCUGCUCCUCACUGUGCGUCUCCCUGCCAGCUGCAGUCUAUCUUGCGGUGUUCUCCUUCAGGACUCUUUGAGUCAGUUCAGUGCGACUCCAGCAGGGGGCAGUGUUGGUGUGUGGAUCAGGAUGGCAUGGAGCUCUAUGGGACCAGACAGACAGGGACACCUCAACGCUGUCCUGGCAGCUGUGAGGUGCGGUCGAGACGUGUCCUCCACGGCUCUGGGUCUCCUUCUCCUCCUCAGUGUGCCGAAGACGGCAGCUUCCUCCCUGUUCAGUGUCAGUUCAUCAACAUGACCGACAGAAGAGAGCUGGACCUGCUGCGCACCUUCAGCAGGUUCCCAGAAGCCUUUGAGGCAUUCAGCAGUUUCAGGAAGUUUUUCCCGAUGGUUUCAUCGUACUGCUUCUGUUCAGACAGCAGAGGCAGAGAGCUGGACGACACAGGUGUGGAGCUCCUCAUGUCUGACGUGUACGACUCCGUGUUCUCUGGUCUUCAGUCGGGUCGUUCUGUCUCGCAGACCAACGUCUACAGAGUCCUGCAGAGGAGGAUGCUGGGAGUCCGCCUCGCCCUCACUGGACACUUCAGAUGUCCCUCUGCUUGUGAGGAAGAGCGGCGGGCAGCGAUGAAGGCGUCCAGUGUUUUUGUCCCGUCCUGCGAGGCUGGAGGCUCCUUCACCCCCACUCAGUGUCAGCAGGGGGGGCAGUGCUGGUGUGCAGACCCCACAGGGAGGGAACUUCCUGGGACACGAAAGCGAGGAGACUCCCCGGUCUGCGGUUCAGGUCUUGACUGUCUAUCUCAGCGUCACCUGGCUCUCUCCAGGCUCUUCUCUGGUCCUGUUGAGCCUCCUUUGCGGGCCUCCUCUGGCAGAACUCCGGCCUCCUGCUUCUCCCUCCUCUGGCCUCUCAGGGAGCUCCUGCCCGUGGAGAUGGAUCCAGUCUCCUUCCUGUCACACAUGGUUGAAGUCCUCCAUGGUCUCUUCCCUUCGGUGGACGGGGCUCUGCAGGCUCUUGCUCACUUCUCCCCCCGCCGCCUUCAGGAGAACCUGUUUGGAGGAACAUUCCUGAAAAACGCAGCCUCCUUUAACUUCAGCGGGGUGGUGGGAAGUCGAGGAGCCCUCAACGUGGACCGGCUGUCGUCCCAGAGUGCGAGUCUCCGGAAGAGCCGGGAUGUGAUCCAGUACGUCAGCAGAGCUCUCGAGGACCGCGCCUUCCUCUCUGCCCUCCAGUACAUGCUGACGGGGCUGAGCAGCUCGCAGUCACUGGACCAGGUCCUCACUCCUCUGCUGCGUUCCUGCUCCAGAGCCCAGGACGAUGAUUCAGCAGCCAUCUUUGUCCCCAGCUGCACGUCCAGUGGCGGUUUCCAGGACAUUCAGUGUCAGGGCGAAGAGUGCUGGUGUGUCGAUCCUCAGGGUCAGGAGGUCUCAGGGUCCCGUACCGCCGGCCGUCCUGCUCGAUGUCCGUCCCUCUGCGAGAGAGAGCGAGUGAAGGCUCUGAGGGUGAAAAGAAACCUGCCGGCUGGCGCUGAAAUCCACGUCCCUGCAUGCUCUGAGGACGGAGACUUCCUGCCGCUGCAGUGCGUCGGCUCACGCUGCUUCUGUGUGGACGCUGAGGGAAAAACAACAACUGCUGGGUCAACAGGGAGCGCCAUCACCUGUCCAGAGAGAACAACACAGAAGCUUCAGUCGCCUGCAGGUCAGACUGAUCCCACAUUCACCCUGUGGGACACACGUGUCUCCGUCUUACGUCUGAUUUUGGACAAACAGUCUCUGGUGCUGAUUGCAGGUCGGUGCUCUCAGGCGGUCUCUGAGGUCGCAGCAUUCAGACAGGAAGUGAAGAGAAUCAUCGCUCUCUCUAACUCCUCCCACUUUCCUCUGGGUUAUGGAUUCCUAUUGGCUGAGGGAGUGCGUCUGACCCCGGAGGAGCUGCAGACCAGCCAGUCAGAGGAGGAGCUGCAGAUCUCCAGCAGGCUGCUGAGCCGCUCCAAUGCUGCUCUGCGAUUGGCUGCUUUCUCCACUGUCCAGAUGUUGGUGGAUCCUCAGCGUCGCUCAUACCAGCUGUUCACCCCACAGUGUGACGCAGGCGGACGCUGGCUGCACACACAGUGUUACCACAGCACAGGUCAGUGUUGGUGUGUUGAUGAAGAUGGAGAGUACAUCCCGGACUCGCUGACCAGCCGUUCGCUCCGCCUGCCCAAAUGUCUGACUCGCUGUCAGAGAGCUCAGGCUCACUCUCUGCUCUCUGGUUGGUUGAAAGGAUCUGAUGUCAGCACUGCUUCACCUUACAGCCCACAGUGUGAGAAGGACGGCCGUUUCUCGGUGCUGCAGACAGGAGGCGCUGCAGGCUGGUGUGUAAACCCCAUGACUGGAGAGACAAUACAGGCGGCCAAACUGAGCUCUGCAGGACAGCUGACAUGUCCCAGCUGGUGUGAGCUGCAGGCUUUCCAGUGCCGUCCUGAUGGCUCCUUUGUCCCACUGCAGUGCGAUGUCACUUCCUGUUGGUGUGUUUCUGAAAAUGGGCAGGAAGUGAGCGGGACCCGAACGCCCCAACAGACAGGACAGACGCCAUCGUGUGACCGUCCUCUCUGUCCCGCCUCUACUGUUACCCACGGUGCACUGGUGUGCCACCCAGUAGCCAACGGUCUUCAGAGCUGUGAUCUCAUCUGUUACCAUGGAUACCAGAACGCGCUUCCUGUCAGCAGCUUCUUUUGUGAUACUGAGAGUCUGCGAUGGGAUGGAGACAGCAAACCCCUGAGUGGCGCCUGUCAGAUCUCUCAGCCUCUGCAGUUGGUUUCGUCAUCUCAGCUCUGGUUGCUGUCAUCGCCCUGCUCUCAGAUCAGCAGUCUCCAGUCUCUGUUGUUCAACAUGAUGGCCAGCAGGGGGCUCUGCUCUGCACAGCCUUCGUCAGGUCACUCCGUGUCGCUGUGUGAUGACUCGUCGGUGCAGCUGCAGUGCGACAGCGACGGCGCCGUGAUGCUGAAGUUCAGAUGGAGCGCCGCCCUGUCUGACCUCCAUGACGUCGGUCUGUUUCUGAAUGAGUCCACACUUCUGGAGGGGGCUCGGGGACUUCUGGGUAAUAUCCGGUCCAUGCUGACAUCAGAACCCAAACUGGUUUCAAUGACAACACCAAGCUUUGGCUGUUCCCGCGGUUACCACCUGGACAGUGACAGUGAAGGCUGCAUCGUUUGUCCUGCUGGGACCUUCUCCAGGGAGGGGGCGUGUUUUCUGUGUCCUCAGGGAACCUAUCAGGAUGAAGAGGGGCAGGACUUCUGCAACAAGUGUCCCAGAGGCUCCUCGUCAGCUGGAGCAUCGUCUGCCACUCAGUGUGUGACAGAGUGUCAGAGGCGGGGCCUGCGCUGCUCACAGCAAGGUGACUUUCUGCCAGCGCAGCCUGACUUCCUGUCUGGCAGGUGGGGGUGUGUCAGCAUCGAAGGGGUGGAGCUUGACUGGACCAAUAGUGACAAAUCUCUUACUGAUGACGAGUGCUCAGUUCUCAGAAGGUUUCAGACUGUUCCUGGAUCAGAUCUGAUUGUUGGUGCUGAAGACAGUGAUGUCCUGAAAACAAUGAGCUCUGACCUCACAUCCUGUGUCCAAGCGUGCGCAGUGCAGCCAUCCUGCCUCCAUGUGGCGCUGUUCCAGAGACAGACUCAGUGUGAACUGUACAGCACACACACAAAGAACACACACUGCAACACCUCCCAGCAGACCAGAGGAUUUCUGGGUAAUCCUCAGGCCGAGCUGUUUGAUUGGCUGAGCUGCUCUCUGAGAGUGAGGGGCAGAGCUUCAGAUCUACUGGUUAUCAGGAAGAAAGGGGCUGAGUUUUCAUCUCAGCAGCAGCAGCAGAGUUUUGUGAGGAUGAGGAUGAUGAAGGCAGCCUCAGGUGUGUACAGGACUCAGGUGUUCUCCUCCAGACAGACGUCUCUGUCUGACGCUCAUCGUUUCUGUCAGGACAGUUGCAGCCACGACACCUGCUGCGACGGAUUCAUCCUCAACCAGAACAACCUGAACGGAGGUUCUCUGCUUUGUGGCUGGCUGAGAGCUCCAUCAGUCUUGAUGUGUGGGGACCAGGACUGGGAUGUGAUUGGACAGGGAACAGCCAAUCGAAUCUGUGGGGCGGGACUCAUGUACAACGAGCAGCAGAGGAGCUUCGUGUUCGACUUUGGAGGACAAAAGUUCAUCAUCACUGAUUCGGCUCUGCCGGCUGACAGUAAGAACAAGAAGGACUACCAGGCGUCCAUCGUCAGCUUCCAGGCCAUCUAUCUAAACUCCGAGGCUAAGUCUGCAGCUGCAGCUUCUUCCUGUCCAGCAGCAGAACUCGGUGCUCCUCUAGACGUGUCCAUACAGCUGAAGUUUGAGUCUCUGUCUAAGGACGACGUCCUCGUAGAUCCUCAGAGAAAACUCCUUACACUCUCCUUCUGGCUCAACAAGAACGACUAUAACACCCAGCAGGCACUGCUCUGGUGUCUCACACGAUGCGAGGCGGAGCAGCAGUGCUCCAUCGCUGACCUCAGAGACGCUGACUUGGCAGGUUUCUUCAGCUGCUCGUUGUACCCAGACAGCACAGUGUGUGGAGCGUACGACAAACCGCUGAGACGAGCCUGCCGCCCUCUGCUGGACAGGACACCCAACAACACCUACAGCAAGAAGGUGAAUCUGUCUGGACCAGUGAAGAGUUUCUAUGAGAGAGUUCCCUUCCAAAAGAUGGUCUCUUACUCUGUGCGCAGCCGAGUCAGCCUGAGAGAAAACACAGCGCUGACUGAGGGGUUCAAGGAAUGUGAGCGGCGCUGUGAUGAGGAUCCUUGUUGCCGCGGUAUUGGCUUCGUCCGAGACACCAAAUCAGCAGGUGGUCCAGACGUAGUGUGUCUCUCUCUGAUCAGUCUUGGGGUUCAAAUCUGUGGUGAGGACGACAGGACAAGCUGGAGGACUCAGGAAUGCAGACCAUCUGUAGUAAAGAGUACACCGGAGCCAUUCGGCUGGUACCAGAAGCCUGUAAAUCAGUGGAGUUCUGCUGCUGCUCUCUGUCCUCCGUUCAAACUGCCAACACCCGCCAGCAACGUGUCUCUGGAUCAGUGGAGUCUCGUCUCUGACUCAUCAGUCCUUGUUGACGUGUCUGUCUCCUUGUAUGAUGUCAUCCACGUGAGCCGUGACAUCGCCACCGAUCGCAAUAAGACCAGGGACUGGUGUCUCCAUGCCUGUGAGGAGGCAGAGUCUUGUGUCGCUGUGUCACUCAGUGAGGUGGAGUCUGCCACGCGCUGCAUCCUCUACCCAGACACCACAGCCUGUGGGUUAAGCUCUGCCCCCAGCUCAUCCAGGCCAGUCUCCUCCUGCAGACUGGUCAUCAGAGAGCCUGCACCCCAGGUGUACUUGAAGACAGAGCGGUUGCCGUUUGUUACGUCCAUCUCCAUCCCAGGUCACGGGACACUGCAGGGCAUUGCGGUGGAAACCGCCCUGGGCUCAGACAGGAAGACGGUUGUUCAGUUCCUAGGAGUCCCAUAUGCCCGUCCACCAAUAGGAUCAUUACGCUUUGAAGCAGCACAGCCAGCUGAUUGGAUGGGAACCUGGGAUGCCACCAAACCCCGUCCCAGCUGUGUCCAGCCAGGUGAUGUAGAGUCUGCAGCCUCCAGUGAGGACUGUCUCUACCUGAACAUCUUCAGUCCUGCUGCUUUGAGGGGGCGUGUCCCAGUCCUGGUUUUCUUCUUCAACCCUUCACCCAAUGAGAACCCAGGACUGUUGGAUGGCUCUACCCUUGCUGCUGUGGGUAAUGUCGUCGUAGUAACGGCCAGCUACAGGAUGGCGGCACUGGGAUUCCUGAGUACAGGUUCAUCUGGUCUCCGUGGUAACUACGGUCUGUCAGACCAGGAGGCGGUGUUUCAUUGGGUUAACUCCCACAUAUCUCUAGUGGGUGGAGACAACAGGAAAGUGACAGUCGGGGCAGAGCGACGCGGUGCUGACAUCACCAGCCUUCAUCUCCUCUCCUCCUCCCCUCCUCUGUUCCAGCGUAUGAUGCUGAUGGGCGGUUCUGUGUUUUCUCCAUCGCUGGUUCAGACUUUGUCCACCUCCACACGUCAGGCACUCGAGUUGGCCAAGGAGCUCGGCUGUGUCACCUCUGACCUCGAGGAGAUGGUCGUCUGCCUCAGAGCGACACCUGCUCACACGCUCAACACCGCUCAGACCAAACUGCUGGCCGUCAGCGGUCCGUUUCAGUCCUGGUCUCCUGUCCGUCAGUCCAUCUCCCAGUCGUUUUUCCACAGAGUCGACCUGCUGCUGGGAACAUCUGAACACGAUGGUCUGAUCAGCCGAGCUCGCAAGAUAAAGGACUUUGAGGCGCUGCAGGGUCAGGCUGAUGGUAAGACAGCAUUUUACGAGGCUCUGAGUCGCUCACUGGGUGGAGCGACAGGAAGUGACCUGUUGAAGGAGGCGGCGUCCUGGUUCUACUCUCUGGAUCACAGUCCGUCAGCAGCUGGAUACAACCUGUUCUCCAGAGCACUGAACAACGCCACCAGAGAUCUGUUCAUCAUCUGUCCCACUUUGCAGAUGGCUCGCCACUGGGCUAACAGCAAAGCUAACGUCUUUCUGUACCACCAACCGGCCACCAGCUCUCACACCAGGGCUGCGGUGUCCGUUCCUCUGGACGUUCAGUUUGUGUUUGGGACUCCUCAUCAUCCAUUGAGCUCUCAGCGUUUCACUUCUUCUGAUCGCCGCUUGUCUCUGGCCAUGAUGACUUACGUCUCCAGCUUCAUUCGGACUGGGAACCCAAACCCCUCCCAUGUGUGGGCGGAGUCUGUUCUGCCUCGCUGGCAGCAGGUCCCAUCCACUGAAGCUCCACCCACCUACCUGGAGCUAAGCUCCGCCCUCCGACAUCGUCAGGGUCUAAGUCAGAGUUCCUGCUCCUUCUGGAGCCAACUGGGAAACAAACUAAGCAGUGAGAGGAACAAAGUGGUGUCUAGUGAGUUGAAGGCGGAGCCUGUCCAGGAGCCUGCACUGACUCCUGAAAUCCCAGUGGCUGCACCAUCCAGCCAGUCACAGACUGAGAAAGACACCUACAGUUGAACUAAUGACAUCAUCAUGACAUCAGUUUCCUACCUUCAGAUUCAGUUUGAUCACAAUCAAUCAAUGUUAAUCAUCAAUAAAAAGCAAUUAAACUGUC